CACGCACGAAGCCAUCAUCAUCAUCAUCAGUGCUUCGCCUGCCACCAGGGCCAUGGCAGCUGCCGCUCAUCGGCAGCCUGCACCACCUCCUCCUGUCGCGCUUCAGGGACCUGCCUCACCGGGCACUCCGCGAGAUGUCCGGAACAUACGGGCCCGUCAUGAUGGUCCGCUUCGGCUCCGUGCCCACGCUGGUGGUCUCCUCCGCCGAGGCUGCCUGGGAGGUGAUGAAGACCCACGACCUGGCCUUCUGCGAGCGCCACCAGGGCGUCAUCCUCGACACCAUGUCCUGCGGCGGCAAGGACAUCAUCGGCUCCCCCUACAACGCGCACUGGCGUGAGCUCCGCAAGCUGUGUAUGCAAGAGCUCUUCAGCCAGCGACGCGUGCUCACGUUCCGGAACAUCCGGGAAGAGGAGGUGGCGCACCUCCUCCGCUCCAUCUCCGGGGAGUGUGGCGACGACGGCGGCCGGCCCGUCAACCUCAGCGAAGGGAUCUCCCGCAUGGUAAACGACGUCGCCGCGCGCACGGUGGUCGGCAACCGGUGCAAGUACCGGGACGAAUACAUGCACGAGCUGGAUGAAGUGGCGCGGCUGGCCGGCGGGUUCAACCUGGCGGAGCUGUACCCGUCCUCGCGGCUGGUACGCCGGUUCAGCGCCGCCGCGAGGAACGCGAGAAGGUGCCAGAGGAACAUGUACCGUAUCAUCCAGAGCAUCAUCCAGGAGCGUGAAGCCAUGCCGACGCCGCCGGAGGGAGACGGCGACGACCUUCUCGGCGUCCUCUUGAGGCUGCAGAGAGAAGGUGACCUGCAGUUUGUUCUCACCAACGAGAUAGUCAGCGCCGUCAUUUUCGAUAUUUUCUCUGCUGGGAGUGAAACGUCAUCAAGUGUUCUAGUAUGGGCAAUAUCAGAGCUUGUUAAGAAUCCACAAGUCAUGCAUAAGGCUCAAUCAGAGGUGAGGGAGACGUUCAAAGGACAAGACAAGAUAACUGAAGGUGAUUUGAUCAAAUUGAGAUAUCUACAGCUGGUGAUCAAGGAGACUUUACGACUGCAUGCUCCAUUGUUGCUCCCUCGAGUAUGUCGAGAGUCAUGCCAGGUUAUGGGUUACGAUGUGCUAAAGGGAACCAAGGUGUUUGUGAAUGUUUGGGCAAUAUUAAGGGACCAGAAACUAUGGCAUGAUGCAGAGGAAUUUAAGCCAGAAAGAUUUGAAAAUAGUAGUAUCGAUUUUAGGGGUAAUGACUUCAAGUUCAUUCCCUUUGGGGCAGGUAGGAGAAUAUGCCCUGGCAUCACGCUCGGACUGGCCAACAUAGAGCUGGCGCUUGCUAGCCUUCUUUACCAUUUUGAUUGGGCUCUACCGGAUGGAGUCAAGUUGGAAGAAUUUGAUAUGGUAGAGGUCUUUGGGGUAGCGUUAAGAAAGAAGUCCAUGCUUUGGAUCAAGGCCAAACCAUACAGUAAUUUUAUACCGAAUUAAUCAGAUGAUUUGUGAUGUGAA